GAGAAGACGCAGUAACGAUCACCGAGGCACUCGCGUUCGACGACUGGCAAUUGGCGCCAAGCUCGUUCUGGACGGUGGCCUCUUGAAGCAUGGUUUUUUUGGUUGGAACGAAUCUACACACGACCCUCUCCAACACAUGCACCAUACGACCCUCUCCAACACAUGCACCAUACGACCCUCUCCAACACAUGCACCAUACGACCCUCUCCAACACAUGCACCACACGACCCUCUCCAACACAUGCACCAGCACGCGUCACUUUAUGGCAGAUUCUACCCUUGUGCACCACCUGGCGCCCCUCUUCUUUCCAGUCUCCGGAUACGCAGGCUGCGAUGGACGCCGUCAAAGUGUGGUCGUGGACGGAGUAUCCAUUGUAGAAGUCUGGGCUGUGGUUGAAACCUGGACCCUGGCUUCACCCCCUCGUGCCGUCAACAGACGUGCGGCAGGCGCAACAGACACUCGAUCUGACAGCGUGCUACAGCGGCGGCGUCCUACCCUUGUAAAGUCUGAGUCGCCGUAAGAUGACUCGCGAGCCCAUGUUUCAUCGCCACGUGAUGUUGUUGUGGUGCUGUCAUCAAGCCCCUUUGACGUGCUUGGAUUCCCUCUGUCAUUUGUUCAUGGCGGGGGUGCCUCGACGCCGCUCGGCGCAGUCGUCCAACAGCCUAAUACACGCGUCCGGCCGCGCCGCUCGGCGCAUGAAAGUGAGGGGCACGACGCGGUGAUGAUGUAGUUGUUGAUUUUCGUUGGUUG